CAACGACUCUUCGAAAAUUGUUUGUCAACAAACCUACCUUGUCAAAUAUUUUCCUGAUAUUAAUUGUUGUUAAAAGCCGAGAAAAUGACCCUUUACAUGGAAAAUGCGGUGAAAUUUCCGGAAACUGGUUCAAUUUCCAUCAAUGCCGUUUGGCAUCCGAAUGUCUCCCUUCUGGCUGCCGCCGGUUUUUCGCAGGAUAAAGGGGGAUACAUAAUCAUUUUCGAUGAGUUGGGUGAAACAAUAAAAGAUGUAAACUACCCAGUGCAUCGCAGUUAUCAAGUAACCGGUCUGGUUUGGCACCCUGAAAGAACGAUUUUAGUCUGCGGAUGGGAAAAUGGCGAUCUUAAAGUAUGGAAUGGUACUGAUCGAGACUUUAUCACUGCUGUCGGCCCUCAAAAGUCCCCUAUAACCCUACUGGAAUUUAGUGAAAAGGGUGGACGCCUAGUUUCGUGUGACUCUACUGGCUCGAUUGUUGGGUGGAGAAUUGAUGUUAAAGGGGAAACCAGCAUGAUGUUUCAUCUAGAUUUAAACAAUGAGUCCAUAACUCAUUUGACUUUUCGCUUAUCCAUUCGGACUCAAACAGACUUUGAUGUGGAGGGUUUGGCCAAAGCUGCUGUUAAUGGCGAUGAAAACGCCCUGGAUAUGUUCAGCAAUUGGCGCCCGAAGACAACAGCCAGAAAAUUUCGCAUUCAAGACGGCUCAGAUAACUUCUGCUUCUUCAUCGCCACCCAGCAGGGCUCAAUUUAUUACGUAAAUUCCAACGGUUCAUGCUCAGAAGUUUUAAACACCGAAGGCGCAGCCUUAUCCUAUGUGGUUUAUCAGGCUAAUAAAGACGCCCUGGUAAUCAUGAUGGAGGGUCUAACAGUUGGACAUUUUUCAGUGGAUAGACAAGGACAUCUUACUGAAAUUGCCAAAGUUAAAUUGAGCGGCAGAGUUCAAACCCGAACUGUGAGCAGUCAGGGGCUGACUUGGGCUGGAAACUCUAGCUUGGCUAUUUUAACAGGGGAUCUGACUGUUAGAAUAUGGGACUUAGAGACAAAUGAUAACUAUGUGCUGCCCACAAGUAUGAAACUAUACGUCAACGAUGAUAAAGCUCCCUCAGUAACGGAGAUUUUCACAUGUAUUUCGUACUGCAAACUAAAUCAAACGCUUUGCGCCGGAACCAAUAUAGGUCGCAUCUAUUUCUGGACAAAGAUACAAAACGCGGCUCUGGAAAAUGCCGAAGACCAAUGGGAACUAAACAACAUUAAUAACAUUGGCGGAACCAUCAAGCAACUGAAAUGGGGCUUGUUUAUGAUGCGUUUGCCUCUAUUGAGUGUGAACUGCGUCACCUCAAUCUACAUAAUGAAAGAACAGUCGGUGUGCAGCGCAUUUUGCCAGAAAAUUUGGGCCACCCAGAAAACUACCAAUCAAAUUUGGAUUGAGUCUAAACACGGCAACCAACUGCUUGACUUGGAAUCUCAGGUCAGCGAUAUGGCCAUAUCCGAAGACUAUAUUGUAUUUUCGAAUGGAAGACACAUUUCUGUAUACAACAUUACUUGGAAAUCCGAAGGAAAACUAGACGCGAAAGGCAAUAACAAUUGCGAUUUUUCCGUGGCAUUUAGCAGUAGAUUCCAAUCAGAGAAUGAGGGCAUAAUUAUUCAUAAGAAGACAAUAAUCACCCUUAGUCCAGUGAAAGUGACUCUGUAUACGGCAAAUGGGAGUAUAAUCUCGCAUAUAACUUCAGCUGCAAGUGAAGGCGAUUGCAUUGGACUGGAUUUAACCAAUAGUUAUUUAACCAUCGGAACUAUGGAAGGCUAUUUGAAAAUAUAUGACAUAUCUGAUAAUCAGCCCAAACUCAUAACGCCAGUGAAAAGUUUGAUGGAUUCUAUUGAGGAUUUCGGAGAAGUGAUUCAAGCGAAAACCAAUUCCAAAGGCAAUAAAGUGGCCUUUACUCUGGCAGCAGCAAAUCUGAUCCCGGACGGGAAACUUUACAUUUGGGACAUGGAAACCGACGACAUAAUGAAAUACGAUUUUCGUAAACACGACGGCAUGGAAAACUCAGAUUUCAGUGACACACUAGAAUUGGAAUUUAACGAAUUAAAUACAGAUGAUGAGUCUGAUGUUGCUUUCGAUGAAAUAUGCAAAAACCGAAUUCCUUUAUCGCUGUACUGGUGCGAAGAAGACGCCAGACUGUUAAUAUGUGACGCCAAGAAAAUAAAAAAAUCAAACUCAAAAAUACCCCAGCCGCAGUUGGCUAAAAACGCAAAACCACUUGCAGAAGAAGACCAAAUAAUAGUAACAAUGUUCGUAUUGCCAAACAACAAAAUCAAAAUUCACGACGUGAAAGCUGUGGAAGCUGACACUCGCUUGUUGGGCUUAUCCAUUCCUCACAUAGUAACUUUGCAGAAAUUGAGCAUUUUUCGCGAAGUGAUGAGCGAUUUCACUGGCUUAGAAGAGUGUUCGCGGAACACUAAAGAAGCGGUUAUCGACUUUAGCUAUCAUUUAAGCUUAGGAAACAUGGACGCAGCCUUUAAAUCCAUAAAACUAGUUCAAAGUCAGGGCGUAUGGUCGAGCUUAGCUAGAAUGUGUGUGAAAACCAAACGUCUAGAUGUUGCCAGUGUCUGCUUGGGGCACAUGGGAAACGCAAAAGCGGCCAGAGCGCUCAGACUAGCCAUAAACGAUGAAAGUUUGCAAUUAGAAGCAAAAAUCGCUGUCUUAGCUAUCCAGCUAGGAAUGCUGGAUGAAGCCGAACAAUUGUACACCCAAUGCGAAAGAUUCGAUCUACUCAAUAGUCUGCUGCGGUGCAGAAAUAAAAUGGAAACUGCUCAUUCAUUGGCUGAGUCGAAGGACCGAAUUAACCUACGCAAUACUGAACACGCAUGGGCUAGAAAGCUUGAAAAAAAUGGAGAAUUCAAACAGGCAGCCAUCAGAUAUGAAAAAGCGGGGACACAUCGCUCUGAUAUCCCGCGCAUGUUGAGCGAUCAUCCACAACAGUUACAAAUUUAUAUGACCAAAACUAAGGAUAAGGAAAUGCUUAAAUGGUGGGGCCAAUACAUCGAAUCACAAGGCGAUAUGAACUCAGCUUUGAAAAUCUAUGCAAGUGCUGGAGACAUUUAUUCGCAAGUGCGCGUUCUUUGUUUUUUGGGCGAAGAAUCCAAAGCAGCGGAAUUGGCAAAAUCCAAUUCGGAUAAAGCGGCGCUUUAUCACAUGGCCCGAUACUUUGAAACCACUGGCCAGAUUGAGGAAGCUGUGAGCUUCUACAAUAAAGCCACCGCUUAUUCUAAUGCCGUGCGACUAGCAAAGGAGAACAAUUUGACGUCGCAAUUGUGGAAUUUAGGUUUAACUGUCUCUAGUCGGGACAAAAUCGAAAUCGCCAAGUACUUUGAAGAGCAGAACAACUUAGAAAAUGCCGUUGUUUUGUACCAUCGCGGUGGCAUGUUGCACAAGGCUCUGGAUUUGGCGUUCAAGACCCAACAGUUUGAAAUUUUGCAGGAAAUUGCCACCCAGUUGGACGCCGAUUCGGAUCCUGCUUUAAUCGACAAAUGCGCCCAAUAUUUCAUCGCCAAAGAGCAAUUUGAUAAAGCCGUGGAUCUUUGGGCAAUCGCCAAAAAGUAUCAAACAGCGAUCCAAGUUUGUAUUGAUCACAACGUACGCCUAACUGAGGAUUUAACCGAAAAAUUAACUCCGGAAAAAGACACUGUUGACGAAGGACUGCGAGUCAAUGUUUUGCAGAUUUUGGCGGAAAGUUUAAUGCUGCAAGGCGAUUACCAUUUGGCGACCAAAAAGUUCACUCAAUCGGGGGAUAAGGUAAAAGCCAUGAAAGCCCUUCUAAAAUCUGGGGACACGGAUAAGAUAAUUUUUUUCACCGGCAUCUCCAGGCAGAAAGAGAUUUACAUAAUGGCAGCGAAUUAUUUGCAAACCCUUGACUGGCAGAAUCAGCCAGAAAUUUUGAGGAAUAUUAUCACAUUUUACUCCAAAGGAAAAGCGCAAGACCUUCUAGCAAAUUUUUAUGUUGCAUGUGCUCAGGUGGAAAUAGAUGAAUUUCAGAAUUACGAAAAAGCUUUGGGUGCAUUGACGGAAGCUUCUAGAUGCUUGCACAAAAUUACAAACCCCAUAGACCCAUCCCAGAUUCAAAGGGCAAUGGAUAUCGUACAACAGCGAUUUGCUAUGGUCAAAAAGUUCGUUGAUAUUCGGAAAUUGUUUGAAAGAGGCGACACACAAGCUGGAAUGACGCAAUGCAAGCAGCUAUUGAUGCUUAAUGGGUCUGACUUAGACAUUUCAGUGCGUCGCGGAGAUAUUUAUGGUUUGAUGAUCCACCACUGUGUAAAACUCGGAAAUUUCACCGAAGCAAAACAGCUGGUAGUGGAGUUGAGGGAGUUUUUGGCUAACGAGGGGCUCAAAAUCCCGCUAACUUAUUACGUGGGCAAGGAAGUCAUUGAGGCUUUAGCCAAAGGCUUAGAUGUGCCCGUUACUACUUUUGCGCCUGCCGCGGCUCCAAAAGCUAAGGUGGAUAAUAGUGAAGAUUUAGUUGAUGAAGUGCUAGAAGGGUAAAAAUUAAGUAUUUAUUAGCAAAUGGAAAUAUACUGUAAUCGCUAUUAGACACUAAACUACAACUAAAUAAGUUAAGAAUUAUCGAAAGUGACCCAGAACAACCGGUUUGGUGCUAAAAUUUGCAUGAAUUCUAGAAUGUUGUGGAGCUAAAAAGA